CGGGCCGUUGGCUCCACCACUUCCGGGGCCUCACGGAGGAAGUACGCCUGCGCGCCGCCUCUCCUGGGCUGUGACUCAAGCCGGCGAGUUGGCCUUGAACCAAUGAAAAGGUAGCGCCUCUCUGACUCAGGCCAAUCAGCUUUCGGCUGAGAGGGUUUAACUCCUAUUUAAAAUGAAGACUUUGCGUCCUAACGGCUGAGCCCUCUGGAGGAAGCGCUGUCUUCGAGUCGAGGUGAGAACCCCUAGGCAUCAUGGACAAAUGUAAAGAAAACUGCAUUUCGGGGCUUAAGACCACAGUUCCACCCGGCGAUGGUCCAAAACGGGUUCCAGUGACCCAGCACUUUCCAGCGCAGCAUCCGCCGUCUGCAAACAGCGGCCAGGCUCAGCGGGUCUUAUGUCCUUCGAAUUCCUCACAGCGCCUGCCUUCGCACGCGCAGAAGCUCGUCUCCAGCCAUAAACCAGUUCAGAAUCUGAAGCAGAAGCAGUUGCAGGCAACCGGUGGCCCUCGUCCUGUCUCCAGGCCUCUGAGUAACACCCAGCAGAGUGAGCAGCCCCAGCCGGCAGUGCCUGGAAAUAAUCCUGAAAAGGAAGCGGCAUCAAAACAGAAAAAUGAAGAAUCAAAAAAAAGGCAAUGGGCUUUGGAAGAUUUUGAAAUUGGCCGCCCGCUGGGUAAAGGAAAGUUUGGUAAUGUUUAUUUAGCAAGAGAAAAACAAAGCAAGUUUAUCCUGGCUCUUAAAGUAUUGUUUAAAACUCAGCUGGAGAAGGCAGGAGUUGAACAUCAGCUGAGAAGAGAAGUAGAAAUACAGUCCCACCUUAGGCAUCCAAAUAUUCUCAGACUGUAUGGUUAUUUCCAUGAUGCUACCAGAGUUUACCUAAUCCUGGAAUACGCACCUCUCGGAGCUGUCUAUAGAGAACUUCAGAAACUGUCAAAGUUUGAUGAGCAGAGAACUGCUACUUAUAUCACAGAGUUGGCAAAUGCCCUAUCUUACUGUCACUCAAAGAGAGUUAUUCACAGAGACAUUAAGCCAGAGAACCUGCUCCUUGGAUCCGCUGGAGAGCUUAAGAUUGCCGAUUUUGGGUGGUCGGUCCAUGCCCCAUCCUCCAGGAGAACCACCCUCUGCGGCACCCUGGACUACUUGCCCCCCGAGAUGAUCGAAGGCCGGAUGCAUGACGAGAAGGUGGAUCUCUGGAGCUUGGGGGUGCUUUGCUAUGAAUUCCUGGUUGGGAAGCCCCCCUUUGAGGCAACCACGUACCAAGAGACCUACAAAAGGAUAUCCCGGGUGGAAUUCACCUUCCCUGACUUUGUGCCCGAGGGAGCCAGGGACCUCAUUUCAAGACUGUUGAAGCACAAUCCCAGCCACAGGCCCACCCUCAAGGAGGUGCUCGAACACCCCUGGAUCACCGCCAAUUCCAAACCAGCAAGUAGUCACAAAAAAGAACCCACCAGCAAACAACCCUAAGAACCUUUGCGGGUAGAACUCCUGAGCCAGGGCCGCUGUGUAAUCUGUCUGCAAUCAGCCGCUGACCUGUCCUCUGCUGCCGGCCCACCCUCGACCUGCAGGACGUGCAGGCCCUCUGCAGUGAGCGCCGCCACGAGGGUCGCGCUACUAACGUCGCUGGUGGUCCAGUCAGUCCGGAGGCAAGGCUCAGGGGCAGCCACCCCACAGCCUGUUGUGAGUACAGCGUCCUCGUGGAAGAGGCCUCAGGGCCCGGCUGUGGGGAAGGUGGCCUCUUGGGCCCGACCAGUGGAAAAGCUGUGCAAUAACCUCCCCGUCCCUGUGUGCGUGUAACUUAUCGGGUGGCCCAGUCUGAGAAAGCUGUCAGGAUGAACACGUGACCAUUUCUUUUAAAUGUUAGAGACUUUGGUACGGACCUGUAUCUUAGCUCCCUGCCAUCCCUGCAGGAUGCUCAGCGUCUGUCCAGCACCCCGGGAGCCUGGCUGGCCGGCCCUCCUCAGCCACGCAGUGCCUGGCGAGGCAGACAGAGCACAAGUUCCUGGCUCCCCUGCUCGGGGCACAGCAUGUCUUGGCUGUUUCUAAAUGUUAAAGGUUUUUUUUCUCUCUCUCAUGAUUUUGGUGUUUGUUUAUAAUCUUUGUAAAGUACAUCACAACAUCUAUAAAAUGAUUACACUUA